CCCCCGCCCCGCGCAGUGUCGCCGCCUCCGCCGGCGGAGACCCCGAGCGGGAGUGACCGAGGGACCGCCGCGUCCGGCUCCAGAGCGAGCGGCGAGCGCGCGGUGCACACCAGCCGGCCGCCCGCGGAGCCCCGGAGCCCGGCGGCCGCCGCGAUGUUCCCCAAGGAGGCGACGUGGAACAUCUCGUUCGCGGGCUGCGGCUUCCUCGGCGUCUACCACGUCGGCGUGGCCUCCUGCCUCCGCGAGCACGCGCCCUUCCUGGUGGCCAACGCCACGCACAUCUACGGCGCCUCGGCCGGGGCGCUGACGGCCACGACGCUGGUCACCGGGGCCUGCCUGGGCGAGGCCGGUGCCAACAUCAUUGAGGUGUCUAAGGAGGCCCGGAAGCGGUUCUUGGGUCCGCUGCACCCCUCCUUCAACCUGGUGAAGAUCAUCCGUGGCUGCCUGCUGAGGAUCCUGCCUGCUGAAAGCCAUGAGCGGGCCAACGGGCGCCUGGGCAUCUCCCUGACCCGUGUCUCUGAUGGCGAGAAUGUGAUUAUAUCCCACUUCAACUCCAGGGAUGAGCUCGUCCAGGCCAAUGUCUGUAGCACCUUCAUUCCUGUGUACUGUGGCCUCAUCCCGCCCUCCCUCCAGGGCAUACGCUAUGUGGACGGCGGCAUCUCGGACAACCUGCCCCUCUACGAGCUCAAGAACACCAUCACAGUGUCCCCCUUCUCGGGCGAGAGUGACAUCUGCCCGCAGGACAGCUCCACCAACAUCCACGAGCUCCGGGUCACCAACACCAGCAUCCAGUUCAACCUGCGCAACCUCUACCGCCUCUCCAAGGCCCUGUUCCCUCCCGAGCCCAUGGUGCUGCGAGAGAUGUGCAAGCAGGGCUACAGGGACGGCCUGCGCUUCCUGCGGCGGAACGGCCUCCUGAACCAGCCCAACCCACUGUUGGCGCUGCCGGCCGCCCACCCCCAAGCCCCGAAGGACGAGGACGCGGAGGAGGCCGAGGCGGCCACGGAGAGGGCUCCAGCGGAGGGCCACUUGCAGCCGCCCGGGGAGGAUCACAUCCUGGAGCAUCUGCCUGCUCCGCUCAAUGAGGCCCUGCUGGAGGCCUGCGUGGAGCCCAAGGACCUGCUGACCACGCUGUCCAACAUGCUGCCCGUGCGUCUGGCCACGGCCAUGAUGGUGCCCUACACCCUGCCGCUGGAGAGUGCCGUCUCCUUCACCAUCCGCUUGCUGGAGUGGCUGCCCUACGUCCCUGAGGACAUCCGGUGGAUGAAGGAGCAGACGGGCAGCAUCUGCCAGUACCUGGUGAUGCGCGCCAAGAGGAAGCUGGGCAGCCACCUGCCCUCCAGGCUGUCAGAGCAGGUGGAGCUGCGCCGCUCCCAGUCGCUGCCCUCUGUGCCGCUGUCCUGCGCCGCUUACAGCGAGGUGCUGCCCAGCUGGAUGCGCAACAGCCUCUCGCUAGGGGACGCACUGGCCAAGUGGGAGGAGUGCCAGCGCCAGCUGCUGCUGGGUCUCUUCUGCACCAACGUGGCCUUCCCGCCGGACGCCCUGCGCAUGCGCGCCCCUGCCGAUCCUGCCCCCGCGCCCCCGCAGCCCCCGCCCAGCUUGCCCCCUUGCUGAGCGUCCCUGCUCCGGCUUUCCCCAGCCCCCUGGGGUCCCGGUGCUGAGGGCCGGUCCCCCCAGCUUCCCUGCCCCGUGAGGCGGGGCCCUGCGGGGGUUGAGAUUCCCGCCUCCCGGCCUCUCUCCAUACCCCCUGCGGAGUAAGGAGAAGGGGGCUUGGCUGUCAACCCUCCACCAACCGCUCACGGGCUGCACUGAGGAGGGCGAGGUGCAG